GGAGUGGGAGACAAGUUAAGUACACGAAUACCCUUCACGCUGAUAUGGGGAAUAUUUUGGAAAUAUUGUACCUGGAAAUAUACUGAUGAUGUCUGUUACAGGCUAUAGAUCAUGGUCUCUGUAUUCAGACUGUUGAUUGGAAGAGUUAGCGGCGUGUGGCAAGGGGAGGAGCUGAGGGACCAGCAGACAGGGGACACCAGCGGCCGCUCAGAGCGACACCAGCACCCGACGAGAGCGGUCGCGUCACGUCUCCCUCCACUGCUGCUCACUGAACCCGACCUUGUCAUCCCAUUGCUGAGUAAUGGGUGUCAUAGUUGGUGUAAUCAACGAAGUAAAUAGCUGCAAGACUGCUCAGAACUGGAUGUCAAGAAUCAUUUGCUCAAGUUUCAACUUGUGUUAACGUGCCAUCCUUUAAUCAACCAUGGCAUCAAAGCAAGAUCUUGAAGAAAUUUAUGCUGCUGAGAAAGAAGUGGCUCCUGGAUGGACAUUCUGCAAAUCAAACAGAAAGUUUUACCCUAAUGACAAGGCAUUUAAGAGUGAUACUAAUUCAUGCAUAAAAUAUAAUAUUAGAAUUCAGAGUGGAAAACAGUUAGAGAAUAGAAAACAUUACUCCUCUGAAAAUUCUUUUAGUAAAGACUUGGGCAGAAUUAACUGUAGUAAUGCACUGUUUGUAAAUGGAGUCAAAAUCAUGGAAAUCAGAGGCUCUAACAUUGCAGCUCAUGACCUAAUGCAUACUGUUGUUGCAGUCAAUCAUAAAUAUUUUGCUGAUAUGUUAUUAAUUUUUACAAAUAAAAUAGAGGAUGAUGUCAAAAAACAAAUUGAAGAAUCUCUGCUCAAAAUACUGUAUGAAAAUUCUGAAUGUAUUUUCUCAGAGGAAGUUUUGAAGACUUUUAAUUGUGCAUUUAUUUAUGAAAAUUUGUUUUCCACUGGUGUCAGAAUAGCUGACAUUGAGGAAAGUAAAACAAAAUACUGCCAUUUACUACAAAAUUCUUGUGUUUCAAAAUUACCAAUGACAGUGCUUCUUGGGAAACCAAAUCAGCUAAUAUCAAGUCGACCAUUAAACUCUGGACAAAAUAUUAAUGGGAAUAGUGAUUCAUCAAUAACAACAAAUGUUUCAUAUGCGAAAGAUCUUACUGGGAAAAACAGUGAUAAAGAAAGAAGUGUUAGUCCUGAGGAGUCUGUAGUGCCACAAGGACUUCAAAAACUGGUACGUAACAGUGGCACUUGUCAAGCUCAACCUCCUCGCAUCAUUGUCCAAGAAGAACAUUUUCAGUCUCCAAGACAGAAACAACAAUUAUUAACAAGCUGUAGUAGCACUCAUCCAGCUCACUCCCAGCACAGAGAUGUUCAAGAAGAGCAUAUUGUGAAUAAAGGACAGAGACAACAGGCAUUAACAAGCAGUAGUGGCAUUUAUCAUGCUAACUCUCAGCACAGAGAUCUUCAAGAAGAGCAUAUUGUGACUAAAGGACAUGGACAACAAGCAUUAACAAGCAGCAGUGAAACUCAUCCAGCUCACCCCCAUCACAUAAAUGUUCAAGAAGAGCAUAUUGUGAAUAAAGGACAGAGACAACAGGCAUUAACAAGCAGUAGUGGCACUUAUCAUGCUAACUCUCAGCACAGAGAUCUUCAAGAAGAGCAUAUUGUGACUAAAGGACAGAGACAACAAGCAUUAACAAGCAGCAGUGGCACUCAUCCAGCUCACUCCCAGCACAGAGAUGUUCAAGAAGAGCAUAUUGUUACUGAAAGACAUGGACAACAAGCAGUAACAAGCAGCAGUGGCAGUCAUCCAGCUCACUCCCAUCACAGAGAUGUUCAAGACGAGCAUAUUGUGACUAAAGGAGAGAGACAACAAGCAUUAACAAGCAGCAGUGACACUCAUCCAGCUCACUCUCAUCACAGAGAUGUUCAAGAAGAGCAUAUUGUUGCUAAAGAACAGAGACAACAAGCAUUAACAAGCAGCAGUGACACUCAGCCAGCUCACUCUCAUCACAGAGAUGUUCAAGAAGAGCAUAUUGUUACUAAAGGACAGGGAUAUCAUACAUUAACAAGCAGCAGUGACACUUACCCAGCUCACCCCCAUCACAGAGAUCUUCAAGAAGUGCAUAUUGUAACUAAAGGACAGGGAUGUCAUACAUUAACAAGCAGCAGUGGUGCUCAUCGAGUUCACCCCCAUCACCGAGAUGUUCAAGAAGUGCAUAUUGUGACUAGAGGACAGGGAUAUCAUACAUUAACAAGCAGCAGUGACACUUAUCCAGCUCACCCCCAUCACAGAGAUUUUCAAGAAGUGCAUAUUGUAACUAAAGGACAGGGAUAUCAUACAUUAACAAGCAGCAGUGGUGCUCAUCCAGUUCACCCUCAUGACAGAGAUGUUCAAGAAGUGCAUAUUGUGACUAAAGGACAGGGAUGUCAUACAUUAACAAGCUGUAGUAGCACACAUCCAGCUCACUCCCAUCACAGAGAUGUUCAAGAAGAGCAUAUUGUGACUAAACGACAGAGACAACAAUCAUUAACAAGCAGCAAUGACACUCAUCAUGCUAUCUCUCAGCAUAGAGAUCUUCAAGAAGAGCAUAGUGUGCCUAAAAGACAGGGAUAUCAUACAUUAACAAGCAGCAGUGGCAUUUGUCAAAAUGAUUAUGAUCAUUCAGAUGUUCAAAGGGUGCCUUUAAUUUCAUCUGGACAGGAACUUCAAACACUCGCAUGUAUCUGUGGCACCUGUCAAGCUCACAAUCUUUAUAGUGAUGUUCAAAAUGUUGAAGAGCCUUUAGUGUGUUCACAAAAGGAAAAUCUAACAAUAGCAUGCAGCAAUGAUUCAUGUCUUGGUCACUGCCCUCAAAGAGCAGCUCAAAAAGAGCUAAUAUGUCCUAAAAGUUCUUCAAAUUGUGGCAAAACUAUUCUUCCCAAGGUAACUAGCCCAUCAAAUUCAAGCUGCUCACAAGCACAAGUAACCAAAUCUUGUUAUAGAACAAGCCAGAACAUUGAUUGUUCUAAAUACAUUAUGAAGGACUCUGACAUAUCUGUCUCCCAAAAAGGGAAAACAGACAGGCAAAACAUUAUGAAAGAUUCUGACAUGUCUGUCUCCAAUAAAGGAAAAACAGAAAGCCAAAACAUGAAAGAUUCUGACCUGUCUCUCUCCAAAAAAGAGAAAACAGACAGUCAAAAUGUUACAAAAGACUCUGAUGUGACUCUCUCCAAAAAAGGUAAAAAUAAUAACAGAAGUCUCCAAGAGCCCAAUGGAAGGAGCCAGAAAAUGGCAAAGAGUCUUAAAAAAGGAAAUUCUGAAACAAAAGAUAAUUCAAGAUCUCUUUCGGCUCAAAAUCAAAGAGACUAUUCAACCCUGACAGACAGGAAAGAGAAUACCAGCAGCAAAAAUAUUAAACCACAUAUUAUAAACCCGGUCAAAUCACAGAAAGAUCCAUCUGGUAUGGAAAGAAAAUUUUAUGGUAAUUCUAUCUCAAACCAUAAAGAAAAGGUUGUAAUUCUCCUUGGAGCUUCUGGAAGCGGAAAAACAACAUUGGUAAACUUUAUUGCCAAUUACUUCCAAGGAGCUAAAGUAGCAGAUGAUAUGCUAGUCUAUGUAGAUGCAAACUCAAGUAGUGCUAAACCAACAACAACAAUUACUGCAUACACAUUUUGCACUGAUGAAAAUCAUGCCCCUAUUACUGUUAUUGACACUCCAGGACUAAAUGAUUCUUCUAGAAAAGAAGUGGAUGAUAUUAAGCAAUUCCUGGCAAAUGCAGCUUCACAUAAAAUUGAUAUCCAUGCCAUUGGGUUUGUAGUUCAAGCUCAUCUGGUACGAUUAACAUCUUCAGAACGGCUUAUCUUAGACUACGUUUCAUCACUAUUUGGGCAGAGUGUUGCACACCACUUGAUUAUGUUUGUUACUGCUGCUGACAAUCAAGAGAUUCCUCUUGUUGUUGAAGCUAUGAGAAACUGUAACAUAAAAUCAAAGACAUUCUUUAAGUUUAAUAAUUCUGCCACUAAUAACAAAGUACAAGAAAUAGAUGAGUUCGACAAGUUAUAUUGGAGGAUGGGUUAUAAGAGCUGGAAAAAGUGUUUAAAGCUCUUGCUGGAUCUUCCACAGCUCUCGGUAAAUACUUUUAAAGCAUUACAGAAUAAAGUUUAUUCAGGAAAAGUUAUUGAAUCAGCAGCAAGAGAUCUAAAAGAAGAACUGAAGAACUUUGUACAUUUAUGUAAAGAUCAUAAAUAUAUGACUAAAGAAGCACUUGAGAAAUGUGAGCAAGUUUGGGAGCAAGCUGUAGUGUUUAAUCACUUGAAAUGUACUCAAGAAUCUGGUGUUUCUGAUGUAGAGUCCAUUUUAAAGUCAUUUGCUAUGGAAGUCUGCAGGGGUAAUUCCUUUAAUUCAAAUGAGUGUAUUGAUUUACUUUUUCUUGGAGGAUCAAAGGGCAUCCUAGCUGCAGGAAUGGGAGUCAUCAGCAGCAUGGGACCUCUUUAUGAGAAUGCUAAGAAAUAUCAUAAUCCAAAACAUGAUGAUAAGCAAGUUCCAAGCAUCCUGCACUGUGUUAGAUGUAAAGAUGAUCAUCAAAUAACUAGAGAAGUAUUAUCGGGCCCCAUGAGCUAUAUUCCCGGUUUAGGAAAGAGCAGAGAAAUUAUUACCUUUAAAUGCACAAAAUGUGACUGCGAUGGUAGCUUGCAUAAGGAUGUGGCUGGAGAAAAGUUACUGGCAUCAUUUGACCUCUCCUCACAACUUCUACUCAGGAACACUAAAACAGUUAUUACCAAACUUUUACAAAAAAGACAUUUUUCAGAAUGGACCAUUAAUGAAGAUAAAUAUUUGCAUCUUAUUAACAUUGCUCUUGACUAUAAAUAUAAAAUAUUUAUUGAAGAACUUUUAAAGAGCUAAAUUAAAAUAAUUGGAUUCUGAUAAGGAAUCAUGAAAUUGUUAGUAUUUUCCCUUUACACAAUGUUUAUGAUAAAUUAUUUGAUAUAUGAAUACUCCCUGCUAGAAGUAGUACUGUACCUGCUGCAGUAGUUGGAUAAAGAUGUGUUAGUAUAGGUGGACCUCAGUAAGCUUAAGCACACACACACACACUUCCUGUCCCUUACAACAGUAAUAAGUACUGUACUGUUAUACAGUACCUGCUAUUUAUGUAUGUUUUAUAUUUUGUUUCUUAUAGUUGUAUAAAGUUGUGUUCAGGGAAAUGUAAUCUUCAUAGUACUGUAUUACUCUAAUGCUGUACUGUAAUUGUUUAUAUAACAGGUCUCCUGAAUAACAUUUGAAUAUACCAGUUUAAUUAAACAGGAUCAACACUUCUAUUUAGGCCUAUGAUAGACCAGCCAGUAGUUUUUUGCAGCCAGUGACAACUUAAUUAGCAUAAAAUGUGACCUAUCUAUUUGGCCUUCUUAUAACUAAUACUGUACAGGUAGGAGAAAACAUCCAGUUACAUAUGGGCCACUGAAGGUUGCAUUAUUACACAUACAAUCAUUUGCUAGUAGAAUUUAUUGAUUUUCAGGAUAAGCAGAAAAUUUGAUCUUCUGUUGUCCCUUGACAUAAACUGUAUCUUGAUAAACUCUGAAUCCACCUGCUUAAACUUUUGGUACAGUUAUAUCCGUAUGGCUUCAAUUGAGGCAUUCAGAGUGAUAUACAGUAGAUAGGGAAUUUUUAAUAUGAUUUUCAGUGAUAACAUUAUAUAGCCACACUGGCUUGAAAAGUUUAUUUGAUAAUUAUUUGCUUGGUGGAAAUAAUAAUAAUAAUAAUAAUUAUUAUAAUAUAUUAUUAUUCUAAUGUUAGUAUAAACAGUGUAUAUUUCUGUCAAAUCUAUUAAUUUGUUUAUCUUCUGUGGUUAAUAUUUAAUCUGAAACAUUACUUUAAUUUGUAUUAUUUUAAUUCAAGCUUAUAUGUUAUUUUGUAUUUCUAAUUCUGUACUGUAGUCAUAUGCAGAUGAAUGGUGAAUAUUUUGGUUAUACUGUAAUUAUAAUUCAUUUAUAUAAUAUACAUAAAAACAUGUUACAUUUCUUAAUUAAAUAAAUUUUUUAAUUUGA